AUGCGCUGUUGGCAAAUGAUCGAAUUUGGUAUUGAAACGAAUUUUGUACUCUUGUCAGUUUCGUUAUCGUUAAUCGUUACAACAAUUUCUAAACAAAUAUUCGUUCCAUUCCAGUUCCAACGUUGACUCAUCUGGGUGUUUUCUGUAUAUUUUCUUAGUUUUUACAAUUUAUAAGCUUUAACUUUGUAGUUUUUUUAGAAAAACUACUUAUAAAAACGGUAUCUUGUUCUGUAAAAUAAAAUAUUGACAAUGUCUUCACGUAAAACUGUAAGCCGUCGCGGAACCACCAAGAAACGUGCCCAAAGGGCAACAUCCAAUGUGUUUGCCAUGUUUGAUCAGGCCCAAAUUGCUGAAUUCAAAGAGGCUUUCAACAUGAUCGAUCAAAAUCAUGAUGGAUUUGUCGACAAAGAAGAUUUACAUGACAUGCUAGCUUCAUUGGGUAAAAACCCCACUGAUGACUAUCUGGACGGCAUGAUGAACGAAGCCCCUGGACCCAUCAAUUUUACCAUGUUUCUAACCCUAUUUGGUGAACGCCUUCAAGGAACAGAUCCCGAGGACGUCAUUAAAAAUGCUUUUGGUUGCUUUGAUGAAGAUAACAAUGGUGUCAUUAAUGAAGAACGUCUCAGAGAACUCCUAACUUCGAUGGGAGAUAGAUUUACUGACGAUGAGGUAGAUGAGAUGUACAGGGAAGCUCCUAUUAAAAGUGGAUUGUUCGAUUACGUCGAGUUUACUCGUAUUUUGAAACAUGGUGCUAAAGAUAAAGAUGAACAGUAAAAAAGUAGGAGACUGGAGGCCACAAUGUGCUUUUUGAAAUAAAUUGAUAUAAUGUAGCUGUAACUUUACCAACAUAAAUUGAAAAACAAAAUCUGUCACUAAUGUCAAAUGCCAUUUGUCAAUUUAGUUCAUUAUAGCAAAGUUUUUAUUAUUUGAAGUAUAUUUCUUAGACAUUGGUUAAAAUAAUGGGGAGCCAUUUUAUUUACUUAAAACUAGAUUGUAAAUUUUUAUAGAAGCUUAUUUUGGGUUUUUUUUUAUAAGAUAAAGAAAAUUAAGUAACAUUUAUUUAUUGGUUUAAUAACAAUGUAUUCAGAUAGACAUAUAUUAAAAUAGUUGUACAUUUUUA